GGCGGACACUUUGGAAGAAGGAGAAACUUUGGGAGGGAAGAGUUGGCGUGGAAGGGGGCACCGCGCAGUCUCGCAGAGGGGCGCAGGAGAGGAAGCCGAAGCCGUCCAGGAGGGGAAGAAGGGCGCGCAGAAGGGCAUCAACCAAGAGGCGAGGGAUGGGCAUGGCGCCCCUGGGCUGGGCUUUGGCGCUCCUGGCCUCCCUCAGUGCCUGCCUCGGACAAGGCGGACCCCACUUGCGCCCCGGAGCCAGGAACAAAAACUGGUGUGCCUACAUUGUGAACAAGAAUGUGACCUGCUCUGUGAUGGAUGGCACCGAGAGUUACGUUCAAGUUCAGUACAGAUGUGCCUGGAAUCAGAUACCCUGCCCACAUACCCCAAUAUAUCGUACAAGUUUCAGGCCUAAAUAUGUAAUAAAGUAUAAGACAGUCACUGAAUUAGAAUGGAGAUGUUGUCCUGGACACAUGGGGGUAGACUGCAAAGAAGCUGUACCACAAAAGCCGAAACCAGUAGUUUUCCCAGCAAACUUACCACCGCAUGAUAGCAAGAGAAAUUUGGACUCUAAUCCAAAACAAGAACAACAGGAUGCACAGGAUAAAAAAAUUCAGUUCCUUGAGGAUGAAUUGUUUCGACUUACCCAGACAGUACUAGAACUUCAAUCCUCCUUAACAGGUGUGAACGAAAACCUGAAGCUUUCUGUGCAAGAAGAUGCAAGUCGCAUGCUUGUCUCAUGGCUAAACAAUCUUCAUGACCACCCAGGGCCUGACAAUCCAGGUGAAGGUGACACAGAGAAUAGUCAUCUGUCUAGAAAUAAAAACCAAACUGGAUCUGGAAAAGACAAUGAGAAAUCUGAAGAAGCUGAAGAUAAAGAUGAUUUGAAGGCCAGAAAUGAAAAGCUGGAAGAACUGAACGAGGAGGUAAAUGUCUAUGAAGGACAACUGAAACAGCUCCAAGAAGCUGCUCAAGGCCCAACCAUAACUAUGCCUAGCAGCCAGUUCUAUCAAACAUAUAUAGAUGCUAAGUUUGAAGCCCUGAGACAGGAAAUGUUAGAAGGAUUUGAGAAGAAAAUGGCAGAUCUGAAAAAUUCUUGUGAGUACAAACUGAAUGAUCUUCAGCAACACUGUGAUGAUCAUGAAGCCAGCUGCUCCGGACUGAGAGAACUUAUUGGAGAAAAAGAAAAGGAACUGAAAAAAGAAAUAAAAUAUUUUCAGAGUCUAAUUGAAUUGCCAUCAAACCAGUCAUUGUGUUGUAAGAAUAUUAAUAGUGAUGAAUCUGUACAACUGAUAAACCAUUUGAAUGAAAAGAUUGACAGAGUUGCAGAUGCAAACCAAAUUUUAAAUGCCAGAAUAGAUAAUGAAAUAAAGCAUAUUUCCAGCCCAUAUUCAGAAGGCAGCUUUGAUGCAAAAUGGGAGGAAGUGGAAGCAAGACUUAACGUUACAGAGAAAAAUGCUGAAGAACACUGUUUUUACAUUGAGGAAACCCUUCGUGGUGUUAUAGCAACUGAAGUAGAUGAAGUAAAGGACUUAUUUGACAAGAAACUUCAGGCGUUGGAAAAUAGACUUGGUGCUACUUUUCUCGAUAUUGUUAAUGACACAAAUCCAGAUGAAAUAUAUACUGGUCAAGGACCAAUUUUACACAGCAGUUCAGGAUCCAGAAAUGAGCAGCUUGCAUUAGAGGUCACUGCCAUAAAGAAAAAACUACAGGAUGUGGAAAAUCGAUGUCAGCAGAAGUGCCAGUUUGUACCACAGAAUAUGGAAGGCCUCCGUGAAGACAUAGAAAACUGUAACAGCAAAUAUGAUUUUCUGUUUCUAAAAACAGAGAACAAUCAGGGUCUCUUAAAAUCUUUAAAUAACUCUCUAAAUGAGAAAUUUAAUUUAUUUAAAGGCAGCCAACGUGAUAUUCAGAAACUUCAGAAAGACCUACGAAUAGUUCGUUAUGGUCUAAAUGUUGUUGACAGAGAUGUGAAAACCCUUCAAGGUGGUCUGAACAGCUGCAAAGAACAGCUCCUGGGUAUCAAUUCUACUUGUGAAAAGACACAGCUUGGUGUAUUCAGAAAGAUAGAUGAAAUACAAAAAACAGUAGGCAAUCAAACUAUUUAUCAAAGUGAUGACUGUUGUAAUGACCUGAAGGAGAAGAUGGAACAGUUAAAUGAGAAAGGGUUUUAUAACCUGAAGAAAUGUAAGGAUAGAUUUCCAGGCAUCACAGACAUGGAGAGAAGAGUGUCCCAUGUUGAGAAAACUUGCAACAAAUUAGAUUCGGUAUCUAGCAGCCUUCAAAGAAUAAAGGAAGGAUUGAAUAAACAUAUCUCCAGUCUUUGGAACUGUGUCAAUAAGAUGAACAAAACCAUAGCAAUCCAUUCUAAUGAUAUUUUCCUUCUCAAGAAUUCUACCCAACACUUCCAUAGCCAGAUCCACAGGUUUGCUGUUGACCUUCAUGAUUUGAUGAGAACUCAUACCUCAUCUGGAAAGCCAUCAGUACAAGCACCAAGUAAACCUACAAGAAAGAUUCCUCUGCCACCAUCAGAUCCAAGAAAGCCUCUACAGCCAUCUCAAUCAGAGACACAUCCAUCAUCCUCUCAGCCAAGGACUCCGUUAUAUCCACAACCAGGAGAAAAUGGGCAACCAUCGCACCCAAGAACCCCACUUCAGAUUCCAGAAAUAACAAUGCCUGUGGAGCCCUCUCUUCCCAAAAUAAUCAUUCCCUUACAAGGAAUGCCUCUUCAUCCACCAGAUCCUAGAUGGCCACCAUUACCAGGAUCAAAACCAGACUUACCUUCCUUACCUGGGAAAAGUGGGGUAUUUAUGGUGACUGGAGAGGCAGGUCCUCCUGGCACGAUUGUAAUGUCAGGAAAAGGGCGAUCCAAAAGCAUAGACGGCCAAGAUGGCCACAGAAGCAUGCCUGUUUCUGAAGGAUAUGCUGGAGCACCAGGUUAUCCAAAACUACAGACAAGAUUACGACAUCCAACUAUAACAACAAAAGGAGCAGUGGUCAUAUCUCCAGUUUCAUUCUCAGCUGGUCUCACUCGGAAGCCUUUUCCUAAUGAUGUGGGUGUGGUGCAUUUUAACAAAGUGCUUGUAAAUGAUGGAAACCAUUACAACCCUGACACAGGUGUCUUCACGUCGCCUUAUGAAGGCCGUUAUCUGAUCACAGCUGUCCUGGCUCCAGAGAGGGAUGAAUAUGUGGAAGCUGUAAUGACUGUUUCCAAUGCAAGUAUUGCUCAGCUUCAUACAGCAGGCUAUAGAAGAGAGCUUCUUGAACAGCACAAACCCAAAUCGGGAAGACGGACUUGUAGUGGAACUGGGGCUCUCCAUCUUGUUGUUCAUCUCAAGGCUGGAGCAGAAGUAAGCAUUGUAGUUACUGGGGGCAAGCUGGCCUACACAGACUCUGAUGAAAUGUAUUCCACAUUCAGUGGGGUGUUUCUAUAUCCUUCCACUUCUCAUCUGUAGGGUAUGUUGCAAUAGAAGAGGAGUAAAAAAAUCCUGAAGAAAGUGAUGCUAAUAAAUGAUGAAGUGGUAAUAUUA